AUGAAGCUCCUAUCUUGCCCCCUUGCUGUCGUCGCUGCCGUAUGCUGCUCUUUUCCUCGCUCUAUCGAAGCCCACUCGUGGCUAGUGAAGCCUGUAUCACGUGAUACCGGGCCACGUACGACCGACGGUACCAUAGGCUGCCCCAAAACCAAUGCCGGUACCCCAACUCCGUUCUCCCCCGGUGAGGAGAUUGGCGUUCGCUACUGGCGCAAUAAUCACCUCGGCGGAUUCAUCCGCUGGUCCCUUUCACCAGUCGGUAGUGAGACCGCCUCGAACUUUGACGACAACGUCUUCUUCUACACAUGCCGCGAAUCCGGACCGGACUGUGUCCCCGCUGACGGUUCAACUAGUCGGUAUGCGGGGGAUAGCAGCGGAGAUCACACGAUCUCGUGCGGGGAUACCAUCACUCUACCUGAUUGGCUGGAUGAAGGUGACUACGUGUUGCAAUGGGUCUGGUUUGGUGUGGGCUCCAGCUACGGCAACAUCGGCUGGGCCGAGCCUCAAUUCGUGUCAUGCGCAGACAUCACGCUGACAUCCGCUGGUUCCAGCAGUGAGCCCGAAUGCCCUACUUUUGUUGGAGGCGAUCGAGUGACCAAGAACGAGAAUUUGGGUAACGACGAAUGCUUCUACUUUUACACCAACUCGAUCGAGUCGACGCAGUACAAGGGAAGCAACGAGGACUACGAGCAGAACUAUGUUUUCGGCAAACCUUCGUACGUCGAGAACUGCAGUGGAACUCGUGCUGGUAAUGGGAACGCCACAAUGUCCCCUGUAACGCAAAGCCCCGUCACGACGUCCCCAUCUUCUACAGCUGAAAGCCCGACUGCUACACCCACUUCAACUGAAUAUCCGCCAGAGUCCACCGUCGACGAAAGUAGCGUCGCGGGGGAUGCGAGUAGCAUUUCUGACGAAAGCAGUGCUAGUGAUUAUCCAGCCGGAACUUUAGCACCAGGAGGCUGUAAAGGUAAAAAGCGUUCUUGGACUCGUCAAUAA